AUGACCGAUUUGCUUCUUUCGAAUUCCAUUAUAUGUCCAAGUUUGAAUCAUUGCCAAAGUCUUUUCUAUCGUCAAUUGCAUAAUAUUUUUAAAUCACUUGAAUCCAAAGCAGAACAGAAGAAGGAUUUGAGAUUGGCAAUUAGUUUCAUUCUCUGUGUCCUGCUCCCAAGAGAAAAAUGUCAACUGGAAUUUCUGAAAAAAUUUGAACGGAAGGACGAAGCGCUUAGCACUUCCCAUCCGGAAAAAUGGGACUCUGAUUUACUAUUACCCUAUCAAUUUGAUAACACUUCUUGUACGAUGCUUUUUCGACGUUGA